AUGUCGAUCGUUGCACUGUCAGGCGGCGCCGAAUCCAGCGUUACCAGUCAAGUCCUACGAGAUGCUGCGGCCAAGAACAACUUUGUGAUAGCAGAAUCUGACGAGGAGGCAUUCCUCCUUGCACUACAAUCCUCCGAUAUCACGGUGGCCAACGUCAAUGGACUAGAUGACUAUGUUGAUCCACGUCUGGCGCCGACACCCACCUUGCAAGAGAGGACAUUCUGGAAAUCGCCACAGAACAACCUCAAUGCAUGGAGCCAGCAAGCUGAUUUGAAAGCCAAAAGCCCCCAUUCAUCGGAGUUAAGUGGUCGCAAGAUCAUUAUCAAAGACAAUGUCUCGGUGGCAGGGCUGCCUCACACUUGUGGCACAUUCCCUCAGUUUGUCUCGCAUGAUGGAAAACAUCCUAUUGCCAAAAUUGAUGCUACUGUGGUGAAACGCUUGCUAGACGCGGACGCCACUAUUGCAGGCACAUCCACGUGCGAGAACUAUUGUCUAUUACCACUGUCCUACAGUUCUAUCAACGGACCGGUGCAUAAUCCGUGGGCACGGCACUUUAACGCAGGUGGGAGUACUAGCGGAGGUGCUGCUCUUCUCGGGCUCGGGGUUGCACGCGCAGCUGGAGUCCCAGGUUUAGACGACGCUGGCGAUGAUAUUGAUCUUGCUAUAGGCGGCGAUCAAGCCGGAAGUAUACGUGUACCUGCCUCUUUUUGUGGUGUCUAUGGACUCAAACCUACCCACGGCCUGGUCCCCUAUACCGGCAUUGCAGGUCUUCAUCCUAUGAUCGACUUUGCCGGUCCGAUGGCCAGAAGGUUGGAAGAUGUUGCAACGCUGCUCGCAGUCAUUGCCGGCUAUGAUGGAUUGGACCCUCGCAUGACCCCCGAAUCACCCUUGAGACAACAUGUCUCUGACUACGGGGAGGGCUUGAGACGUAGUCUCGAACCUGGCAGAGGACUGAAGGUGGGUAUCAUCAAGGAGUCGAUGAAUUUGCAAGGGAUGCAGACAGAAGUAGCCCAAGUCGUGCACAAGGCGGCGGUGCAAUACUUUGAGGCUAGUGGGGCCACCGUAGGUGAGGUGUCAAUCCCUAUGCACCAGCUGGGACCAGCCAUCUGGACUGCGGCAACAAGAACGCACCUUGCAGGAUUGGCCGUGGGUGGCCGCAUACCAGAUGUGCUUUCCCACGGCAUGCCUCACCUGCAUCUCCGGUGGCCUCCAGAUCAAGAAAUGUACGAUCUGCUGAGGGUGGCCAACCCGGCAGUGAUCAAUAUCCUGCUUACCGAAACGUUGUUGACGGAAAAGUAUGGGCCAGAGGUGCAAGCAAAGGCUCAUCGUCACGUGCUGGAACUCCGAGCUGCGUACGACCGUGCUUUUGAGGAGUAUGAUAUUCUAGUCACACCGACGACGCCGUGUGUUGCACCACCUCAUCCGGACCUCGGCCCCGCAAGCAGUGUUAUGGACAAGUUCAAGCUUACAGUGGGCAUGACGAACAAUACAGCGCCAUUUAAUGUCACAGGCCACCCUGGUCUCAAUGUUCCAUGUGGUUGGGCCACAGCUAGCAAUGGGGUUGAUGUCCUACCGGUGGGAAUGCAACUUAUUGGUAAGAGGUGGGAUGACAUUGGCGUGCUUAAGGCGGCUAAGGCAUUUGAGAUGGGAGGCGGUGGUCUCGGGCCAUGGCCUGGUGGAUCGAUUCAGCGGUAGAGAUGGUGCUGGCUUGGGAAUAAAGGCGUGAUAGAAUGCAUUCGUGGCAUUGUGCCAUAAAACGCAAGGCACAGACAGGAAGGGAGGGGAUUGAUGAUGUUAAUGGAUCCAUGAGCAGUGGGAGAAUUUGAUGUUCAAACGUCAUAUGCAUAUAAGCGUGUGUAACUGUUGGCGAGUUCAGCUGUGAUGCAUCCAAUCUGAAGAAUGGGGCAUGACGCGACCCAAAGCUCGGAGUCUUGGCGGACGAUGUGGGCAAUAUGGGCAAGUCUGCAACAGACACUCGACAUGUCUGCUGUACAUACCGUUGAUGCUAGUGGAGGCAUAGGGUAGACAAUGGAGCAGUGGAUGAGUACGU